UUGGUGGUACUGAUCCAUUGGUGGGAAGAGUAGAGCUAUGUGUUAAUAAGACCUGGGGUACUAUAUGUGAUGAUUAUUGGGAUGACAACGAUGCUAGUGUUGUGUGUAGACAAGUUGGUUUUUCUGCAGAAGGGGCUAGAGCAAGAAGUAGUUCAUACACAGAAAGGCUCAAAUCAUUUCACAUUGUUGAUUUACAUUGCAAUGGAACUGAAGAAAACCUGUUUGACUGCCCUCAUAAUCUUGUUCAGCUGUACAGCUGUAGUUACCACAAAGAUGCAAAUGUACAAUGUACAGCCUCUAAUGCGAGUACCAAUUGCACUACUGGUCAUGUUAGAUUAACAGGUGGUCAGUCCCAGUAUGUUGGUUUAGUUGAGAUAUGCUAUGGAGGAGUUUGGAAAUCAAUAUGUCCUAGAGGGUGGGAUAAUCGUGAGGCACAAGUUGUGUGUAGACAAUUAGGAUUUACUUCUGUUGGUGCUGAUUCUAUUAAUGUUGGAAAAGGUUUUGGUCCUUUGCAUUCAUCAUAUUUUAACUGCACUGGAAGUGAAGCUGCCCUACUAAACUGUAGUUAUUACACUUCUUCCUGUUACUAUUCAUACCAUGCUGGAGUUGAAUGUGAAUCUCCUUGUAUUGAGGGGGCUGUUCAAUUAGAAGGUGAUAAUAAAUAUAAAGAAUUUGGUCGAGUUGAAGUAUGUAUUAAUGGAACUUGGGGCACCAUUUGUGACAAUGGUUGGGAAAAUAAUGAUGCCACUGUAGUAUGCAGACAGCUGGGAUACUCUCCUUAUGGAGCUAUAGCUAAAGCCUCAUAUUUUACAGAAGGUUGGCUACCUUUUCAUCUUUACAGUGUGAAUUGUAGUGGCAAUGAAAGUACACUGCUUAACUGUUCCUACUCAACUACUGGAACUUGCUACAACAUUCAAGAUGCUGGAGCCAUUUGUCAAAGUGUGGGUGUUGCAUAUGAUAAUUGUACUGAUUAUACAGUUCGCUUGGUGGAUGGAGCAACUGCAAGAGAAGGAAAAGUUCAAAUAUGUCUGAAUAGGGUCUGGGGUGCAUUUUGCAAAAGGGACAAUAGUAAUUAUAAUGUGGAUGCUAAUAUCAUCUGUAGAGAACUUGGAUAUAACACUGGUUAG